UGCCUGAAAAAAAGAAGCUAUCAUUCUACAAUCAAUAAAACUUAGAUUUUCUACACCUAUUCAUAGCAUGAAGGAUGGCUUCAAGUCUAUUGAGAUAGAGCCAACUGAAUGCUAUCUUGACUUUAUUGGACCUGCGAAACCAGACGACACAAACACACAUGCUCUCAAGGGCAAAGUACGUCUUUCCCUUUACAAAUCUGUAAAGAUUCGCAACAUGUCUAUCAAGUUCAAAGGCCAGAGCACCAUCACCCUUCAGCAACCCGCCAAUUUAGAACUUACUUGUCCUCUUUUGCCCAAGCUAAAGCUUCCUCUGUUUGGAAGAACCACCUUACCAGCAGGUGAUCAUAUCAUUCCUUGGGAAAUGGAUAUUCCCAACAUUUAUCCUCGCAGUAUCAUGAUCAAACGCGCCAGCAUAAACUACAAAGUCAUUGUGUCCAUCUCAACAGGAAUUACACGGACAUUGACUGCAGAAUAUCCAAUUGUCAUUCGACGUCAUUUACUGCCCUACAAAGAAUUGGCUCCAUUGAUUGAAACCAGGCUGUUUCGACGCACUAUACCUGCUAAAUUCCAUUACGAGAUUGAUACUCCGCAGAUCGUCUGUAUUGAACAAGAACAUAUUCCUCUCGCCAUCAAAUACAUCAGUUUUGCUAGUCAAAAGCCUGUCAAGACAAUAAAAACACGACUUAUUCAGAUUGAAUUGUAUAGGCGCCAAUCGCUCUCCAAGACUGAAUCUGAUUUGUCUUGUAGUAACAAAGACUCUCAUAUCCUUGAUCUAGAUAAGAAAAUCGCAGACUCAGUCAAUUACAAAGAUACCCAUUUUAAAUAUAUUAAACGAACAGUGCCAGCGCUUAUACAUAUACCUAAUGAAUCCACCUCUGCUUGGAAACAACCUUACCUUAUUCGACACCGUCUUCAUCCUUACCUGUCAUUUACUCUGGACUCACCCAUGGUCACUAUCUAUCAUCACCUCGAGAUCACUUUUCAAUUCGGCAUGAAGCAUGAUGAUAUCAAAUCGCGUAUUCCAGUCAUUAUAGCUUCCAUACCGAAAAAGGACUCGCUUCAAUUAUCAGACAAACCUUCUUUACCUGUAGAGCAAGACAACAGCAUGAUGAUGAAAUACGCUUUUGAAGAAGUGGCUCAUGCGAACUUUUUGACUUAUCGACUUGAGUCGAGAGCUUCUACUUUUAUGACAGAUGACGAAAGUGCUAUCCAAUACCACGAAGGAACAUUUAGCAAGGUCAAGGAUGCCAAUCUAUUGUCUUUGAUGAGCUUUGAUGAAGACAUUCAUACGACAGACAAACUUACGCCUGUGUCAUUUGGCCCGAGUCGUACUACUUCCCCUACUUCACCCACACCUCCAAUAAGGCCCCUUUUGUCUCAAUUUGGUAAUAGUCAGAGUGAACCAGAUACAUUGUUAAGUAGACGAGCCUUAUCUCCUCCUCCUCUUCCUCCUCAAGAAUUGACUUUUCCCCUUUACCAAAACUCAAAAGAGCUCAAAAAGUUUGCUUCUGCUGCAGAUAUCAGCUCAUCUUCAGAGGCAUCGUCACAACAAGAGACCGAACGCCCAAGAACAACCACACCUACCAUGCGAAGACAAAACAUGUACAGGAAGCCACAGUUACCGCCUAUCAAUGUUGAUUUAGCAAAUGGAAAAGAUACCCGAGGUCUUACAGUUUUGCCUCUACCACGUCCACCUCAAGCUGGACUUCCAUUACCUCCUUUGCCUACCACAACCUCGUCUGGCUCAGGUGUUUUGCCCAUAUUAGAUCGCAAUGAACAAAGUCGGUCCAAUAUCCAUCUAGAAUCAAGCAAGAGAAAUCGCAACAAUAUGAGCAUGGAGGACAUGCAGUCGGUCUAUUCAGAGGCUUCUGUGACAAGCAUGAACAACGCGCCUAGUCUGAGCUCUUCUGCUUCUCUGUCCACCAACAAAAGCCAGCCUCAACUUCAAUCCAGACCUCCUUCGCCUGUGUUUAGUCCAGCUCCUGGUUUGCCCGCCACCAUUCCACUCAGACCUCAACAAGAAGAUACUUCUCGUAUUGAAGAAACGUUCCUUUCUGAUGGCGCUGUCUCGCCUGCUAUGAACACCGUGGCUUCCUCUGUCGUCCUUUCGCCUCGCACAAUGUAUUCUCUUCAACGCCGUAUUGCACUCUCCACCAUUUCCUCCUUAACUAAUGAUUCCUGGCGCAUGGGUUCUUCUAUUCUACCGAGAGGAGGACGGUAUUCGACUCAGGCGGAUUCAGACGUUCACUCACUCAUGAUGCAGAGUAGUCGUUACAGUAGUGAAAAUAGUAGCCAUCUGUAUGAAUCCACUUACCAACAAUUGUACAGUCCACCACCGCCACCACCUAACCCAUAUAUCAAUGCCAGACUACCACCGGUACCAACUACCGAAACGACGAAAUCAAAGUCGAAUAAGCGGUCGACCAUGAUCUAUCUUGAAGACAGUGACAAUGAGGAUGAUGGGGAUCAUCGAAAGAGCGUACCUCCUUCACCUGUACCUCAGCUACCUCCCUUGGAGACUUUAGUGUUAUCUGAACCCAGUACAAGUACAGCAGACAAAGAACAAGACUGUACACCUCCAAAAUUACCUCGAUUAUCGUUUGGUAAAGAUUUUGGUAUCUCGCUAGGUCUUUAAACUUAUUAUGGAUAAUAAAACAUGUCAUAUGAUAC